AUGUCUGCAGACGACGAGCACCAAAGCGGUUGGCAGCUCACCGAAUCCGACCCGGGCGUAUUCACCUGUUCUCGCAGUGAGCUUCUCAAGUCCUUGGGAGUGCCGCUCGUGGUCGAUGACUUGUAUUCGCUCGAUUCUGCCUCAUUAGCUGACUUGCAGCCUCUUCACGCAUUUAUCUUUCUCUUUAAAUGGGUGGGCUCUUCAGCAGAGCCCGCGGACGGCCAAUAUGAUCCCGAGUUCCCAGGUUUCUUUUCCCACCAAGUCGUUAACAACGCGUGCGCCACGCUCGCCGUGAUGAACGCAAUCGGAAAUAUUCCUGGACUUCCGAUGGGGCAGCAACUCACCGACCUUCUGAGCUUCACCAUCGGCAUGGAUCCACAGACGCGCGGCAUGGCCAUUACUAGCGCAGACUGGUUGAGAGAAGCGCACAACGCGCUUUCACCGCCGUCGGCGAUCUCAAUGGAUGGUCUUGGUCUCCCUAAGACGGCCGAGGACGCGUACCACUUCAUCGUUUACAUGCCAUACAUGGGCUGCGUCUACGAAUUUGACGGGUUGAAACAAUGGCCGAUCAGCCACGGGCCUUACGACGAGAGUGGUGAAGGAUGGACGGAGAAAGCAAGAUCUGUCAUAGAGGCCAGAAUUGCAACGUACCCGGCUGGUUCGCUUGAGUUCAGCCUGCUAGCUCUACAUGAAGAUCCCAUGCCCAGGCUCAAGGCUCAACUCGCGGAGCUACAGGCGGCCGGUAGACAAGCAGAAGCGGCGGAACUGAUAGUCAAGCUGACGACGGAAAACUCAAAGCAAGAGCGCUGGGCCUUCGAAAACAGCUUGAGAAGGCACAACUACGUUGGACUCAUACAUGCCCUUCUUUUGGCUCUCGCAAAAUCGGGCAAGCUUGACGCUGCAGAAGAAGGUGCUAAGAACACUAUGCAAGAGCGGAUAGCAAGGAGUAAAGGAAAGGGCGAAGGCACUACGGAUAAGGAUUCGUGA